AUGGCUCCUGGAAAUGGCUCUUCUGUGACUGAAUUCAUUCUGGUGGGAUUAACAGACCAGCCAGGUCUCCAACUCCCUUUAUUCCUUCUGUUUCUAGCAAUGUAUGUGGUCACCGUGUUGGGGAAUUUGGGCUUGGUAACUCUAAUUGGGCUGAAUUCCCACCUCCAUAUCCCCAUGUACUUUUUCCUCUUUAACUUGUCCUUCAUAGACCUCUGUUAUUCUUCUGUGUUUACACCCAAAAUGCUGAUGAACUUCAUAUCAGAGAAGAACAUUAUCUCCUACACGGGGUGCAUGACACAGCUUUUCUUUUUUUGUUUUUUUGCCAUAUCUGAAACUUAUGUGCUGACAUCAAUGGCCUAUGAUCGCUAUGUGGCUGUCUGUAACCCACUUUUGUAUAACAUUGCCAUGUCCCCUAAAGUAUGUUGCAACCUUAUGCUUGGUUCAUACUUGAUGGCCUUCUCUGGUGCCGUGGCCCACACUGGAUGCAUGCUGAGACUGACCUUCUGUGAUGCAAACGCCAUCAACCACUAUUUGUGUGACAUCCUGCCUGUGCUCCAGCUCUCCUGCACCAGCACCUACAUAAAUGAGCUGGUGGUUUUCAUUGCAGCAGGUAUCAUCUUCACUGUGUCCACUCUCACCAUCUUUAUUUCUUAUGGUUUUAUUCUCUCCAGCAUCCUCCAUAUCAAGACCAAGGAGGGCAGGUCCAAAGCCUUCAGCACCUGCAGUUCCCACAUAAUUGCUGUUUCUCUAUUCUUCGGAUCAGGUAUAUAUAUGUACCUCAAACCGUCGUCGGCUGAAUCUAUGGAUCAGGGAAAAAUCUCUUCUGUCUUUUACACCAAUACAGUUCCUUUGAUGAACCCCUUGAUCUACAGCUUGAGAAACAAGGAUGUUCAUCUUGCUCUGAGAAAAACCAUUAGUAGAAGAAAGUUUUAA